CCCGCCGCAUCCCCACGGAAACUCCUCCCGCUGCACCUGAAAAAGGCGUCUAUUGACAAACUUGGCUGAAACAAGCGAGGUGAGCGCUAGGCGAAUAGAUGUAGGAUCGUGAGCUCCAAGUAAGCCGUCCAGAGGCAGGAGGGGGAGGGAGGAGCCCCCGGAGAUACAAGAGGGGAGAAUUGGCUUGUUGGUUCGAUCAGCAAGCUGUGCGCAUCGACUCGGCCCCCCUCCCGGUUCUUCCCCCGAUUCACACCCCCUUUAGCUCUAGGAGCGCUUGAGCUGGCAUCGCGCUGCACUGCGUGACAGCUCCGGGCUCCGAAGACGACGUAGCAGCAGCCGGGAGUGGGAAGCCAAGCCCAGCUGAGGAAGAUCUGAGGAAGGCUACGCGCCGGCGAUCGGCGGGGGUGUGAGCCCAGAAGGCACCUUGCCCUCCCUGAUUCCCAGGGCGGCUACCGCUGCCACCGCCUCCUCUCCGAUUCCCUCUAGCUCCUCUUAUAACCCCACCCCUGACCUUCUUCUCUGGCUGCCCAAGACGGACAUAAAGACAGAAGCCCAGAGAGAAAAUAGCACCGGGUCAAGGAGAAAUACCUGCGCAUCACUUAGACUGCAAUUGAUGGGAAAUACACAUUUCUUUCUCUAGGGAAGCUCGUUCCCCCCCCCUUUUUUUUCUUUUAAAAAAAGAACCCGUUCGAAAGCAAAAGGGGGGGAAGAAGAGGGGUUCUGAUCUGAAAGGAAAGAGAGGGAAGGGGCAGCAAGAGGAAUCGGAGAGAAUUUAACCGAGCGCUUCCCUCCCUUUGUUGAAUGAGAAGGACGGCGCCGGAUCACCAUGAGCACCAGCACAGUUCCUUUUCAACAAAACCCAUACAACUCUGGGGGUCGUCCCACCAUAAUUCAAUGCUAUCGCUGUGGAGAUACUUGUAAAGGCGAGGUGGUGCGUGUCCAGAGCAAUCACUUCCACAUCAGAUGUUUCACAUGCCAGGUGUGUGGCUGUGACCUAGCUCAGUCUGGCUUCUUCUUUAAAAAUGGGGAAUACAUCUGCACCCAUGACUACCAGCAGCUCUAUGGCACCCGCUGUGACAGCUGCCAAGACUUCAUCACUGGAGAGGUUAUCUCAGCCUUGGGCCGGACUUACCAUCCCAAGUGCUUUGUGUGCAGCAUGUGCAGGAAGCCAUUUCCUAUUGGAGAUAAAGUGACAUUCAGUGGCAAGGAUUGUGUUUGCCAAACUUGUUCCCAUUCACUGAUUAGCAACAAACCUAUCAAGAUUCAUGGACCAAGCCAAUGUGCAGGUUGCAAAGAGGAGAUCAAGCAAGGUCAGUCCCUCCUGGCCUUAGAAAAACAGUGGCAUGUCAGCUGCUUCAAGUGCCAAACCUGUGGAAUCAUCCUGACUGGAGAAUACAUUAGCAAGGACGGUGUUCCAUAUUGUGAAUCGGACUAUCAUGCCCAAUUUGGUAUCAAGUGUGAGACUUGCAACCGGUAUAUCAGCGGCAGAGUCUUAGAGGCAGGAGGAAAGCAUUAUCACCCCACUUGUGCCAGAUGUGUACGAUGUCAUCAGAUGUUCACAGAAGGGGAAGAGAUGUACCUCACAGGUUCAGAAGUCUGGCAUCCUAUCUGCAAACAAGCAGCAAGAGCCGAAAAGAAGUUAAAGCACAGAAGAACUUCAGAAACAUCCAUAUCCCCUCCUGGCUCCAGCAUUGGUUCCCCCAACCGAGUCAUUUGUGCUAAAGUGGAUAAUGAAAUCCUUAAUUACAAAGAUUUGGCUGCUCUUCCCAAGAUUAAAGCCAUCUACGAGGUGCAACGCCCUGACCUCAUUUCUUAUGAGCCUUAUCACAGAUAUACUUCGGAUGAAACACUGGAGAGAUAUAGCUAUGGGGAGUCUCUUGGAACCUUGUCUCCAUAUUCUCAGGAUAUUUAUGAGAGCAUGGACAUCAGGCAGAGGCGAGCAUCCAGCCCGGGCUACAUUGACUCGCCCACCUACAGCCGCCAAGGCAUGUCUCCCACCAUCCCACGCUCUCCGCAUCAUUAUUACCGCUCAGGAACAGAGAGUGGGCGCAGCUCCCCCUACUAUAGCCAAUUAGAUGUGAGGUCUUCUACACCAACCUCAUACCAAGCUCCUAAGCAUUUCCACAUUCCAGCUGCUGCAGAGAGUAACAUCUACCGGAAACCACCCAUCUAUAAAAGACACGAUUCCCACUCUGCAGCUACAAAAAGCAAAACUAGUGAGGACAUCGCCCAGACCUCCAAAUAUAGUCCAGCUUAUUCUCCAGACCCAUAUUAUCACUCAGAAACAGAGUACUGGACUUUUCAAGGUUCACCCAAAGCUCCCCGAGUUCGAAGAUUCUCAUCAGGAGGAGAAGAUGAUAGUUUUGAUCGAGGGAUGCACAGAAUCCAGACAGGAAUUGGCCGACUGAUCCUGAAGGAAGAAAUGAAGGCUCGUGCUAAUUCAUAUAUGGACCCUUGGACACCUCCCCGCAGCUCAGCGAGCAGCAGAGAAGCUCUUCAUACAGCUGGCUACGAGAGCUCCUUAAAUGGCUCACCCCGGACACACUACCUGGCAGACAGUGAUCCCCUCAUUUCAAAAUCUGCCUCUCUUCCUGCUUACAGAAGGAAUGGGAUACAUAGGCCUCCCAGCGCUGAACUCUUCCAUUACGACAGCACAAAUGCCGUCAACUGGGGGAUGCGAGAAUACAAGAUAUACCCUUAUGAGUUGCUUUUGGUGACAACCAGGGGGAGAAAUCGCUUGCCCAAAGAUGUGGACAGAACUCGGCUAGAGCGCCAUCUGUCCCCAGAGGAAUUUUACCAGGUGUUUGGCAUGACUGUUGCUGAAUUUGAUCGCCUGGCUUUGUGGAAAAGAAAUGAGUUGAAGAAGCAGGCACGGCUAUUUUGAAAACAGUAUACAUAAAAACUAUAUAAAGAUCUCUAUACAGAAACUCUGUAUAAUACAGAGUUAUAAAAUAGGAUCUCUGGCUGUUCUCUUUGGAAGCCUGUAGAAUGAACCGAAGUCUCACAGAUAUUUUUAUGCUCUUUGUUUCUUUUAUUCUUUUUUUAAAAAAGAGUAACUGUUAUUUGGGAAACUUUUCAAGUGUGGGGAGGAUUUGGAACUUGUUUUUAUACUGAACUAUUUCUUUUUCUUACAUGAAUGUUGAGAACCUUGGGCAUUAUUGUACCUCACCCAUGAGCCUCUUAAACGCAAGUCUGGAGAGAUAAGGAGGAUGAUGGAACUGGGGGCAUGCUUUGCAUAGAGGCAACCAUCCUUAUGCCUCCCAGAUGGCUUCAGAAUAUCAGAAGUAUGCUGCUCAAUCAGGCCGAGGAUUUAUCUCAACCUGCCUUUGGUUUCUAACAGUGGCUUCACAAACGUCUUUUGCAUUUUUGCUGUUAAUUUCCUCGCUAUCUUAAUCAUGUCUCAGGCUAUUUGCACCAAGAUCUAAACAUGUUGGAAUAGAAGGACACAAAUAAAGCCAAAAUCUAUCUAGCCAGCAUUCUUUUUUCUCAUAGCAGCCAUCCAGAUAACUCUUGGAAAUUAAAAAGAUGGGCUUUAAGGUGAUGAGCAUCCUUCUGCUUUAUGUUCCUCCCUGCAGCACCCAGUAAUCAUGCUGAUUGCCUCUAUAUAUGGAGGCUUUAUAUAGCUAUUAUUGAGAGUAGCCAUUUUUAAAGCUAUUUUCCAUGAAUAAAUAUUAGCUUCCAAAAAUUCUUUUUCUCUUAGUUACAGUGGCAUGCAGCUGUCUUCCAUUCCUCCUCAGUGAUCAGUGGAAAGCAGUUCAUUGGAACACUUACUAAAAUCCAUUCUUGCUUCACUAGGUACUCUUGCAUUAAUGGAAUAGGAAGCUAGGUUUCUUGGAACAAAGAAUUAUAUGCUCACUUAAAUACUUACUCUGGAUACUUUAACACCAUUUUGGAUAUAAUUUACAUUUGCACAGGUCUAUGGAAUGUACACAGCCUUUUCUAGUCUAGUGGUUUCCAGCUAUGUUGGCCUAAAACAUCUGGAAGUCAUACUUAACUGGAAUUGAUGGAACUUACAAUCUAAAACUAUAGGGCACCAGGUUUGGAAAGGCUAGUUCAGACAACCUGUGAUAUGCGCCCAAUUAAAAAUGAUCCUCCUUUCCAUUAUUUCAGCUUCCUCCUGCAUUGCUAGUCAUUGGAAGGUCUAGAUAGUGGUCAUUUAAAAAAAAAACCACUGCUGUGAAAGAGCUUAACCUUACAAACUUGAGGUCAAACUUAAAAAAAAGAAAAAGAAAAAUCACAGGAAAUAACUUGACACCACAAUUCUCAAAGAAAACAGUUAUAUACACUAAUCAGUGGUUUGUUGAGUAAGUCAUGAUAAUGCUAAGCCAUUAACCAUGGUUUAGAAAUCACAAUGGUUUGAUUCACACAAUAUGCUAAGCUAAAAUCCAAUAAACUAUAUUAUGGGUUAGCAUGUUAUGUGAGCCUUGACACUGUUGUUCUUUAAAUAAACCUUGGCUGUGGUUGUUUAAAAAAAGAUGAAGCUUUACCCAGGCAGGAUGUGAUGUUCAAAGCAUUACAUCUGAACUUUUGUGUGAGUUUUAUAUAUAUUUUCCAAAAGCAGUGGUCAUACUACGGAAUCAUACUCCAAACUUUCAAACGUGUAUAAAAACUGUUGGACUAUAGGAAAAAAAAAAGAGUUUGGAGAAUCCUUGGCACUUGAAAUAUCUUGUUCAUCUUUAAUUUAACUAAUUUUACUGCAUAUGGUUGGCCUUUUGUGGUCACUAGCAACAUUUCUGAUAUUGUGUCAAAUCAGUAUGAUCAACUUCUGAAUGAAAAAAUGUACAUGGAAUGUUUUGAUUUGGGAAAUUGUACGUUUGUUCUUUCUUAAAAGAAAAAAAAUAUUUCUUACCUA